AUGACAAGGGAAGACGAGUUGUCUGAAGUCGCUGUCAUAUCCGUUCCAUGUUUAGUCGGGACGAAUGCCAUUCAAGAUUGGACACCGAAUACAGACGCUACAUUGUACGAUCGUGACUCGAUCGUGACUCGAACACUCGAAGCUGGAGGGAAGAAUACUGGGCAAGCGGUUUGUGAGGAUUUCAGUUUAUGGGGUAUAUACGAUAUACUUAUCACUCCAAAAUUACCAAUGCUAGCUACCAAAUUACCUUCGGCUGACGCGAGUGUACAGGCAUUGAUGGAAAAUGCUGCUGGAGUCAGUCUGAACACCAGUGCAUUCAACCUUAUUGGACUACCAGCUCUCAAUCUACCAGUCGGUUUCUUGCCCAGCUUGGUAGAAGGGAAGACGAAAUUACCGAUAGGUAGGCAAAUUAUAAGCAAAAAUUAUGGAGAGACAGAGGUUUACAAAGCUGCUCAUGCUUGGGAAAAUAACAAUGAUUGGCAUACCUUUGCUUAA